AUGAAAAAAAGUGAAAAUAGUAGCAGCAAAUGGGUAUCAGCUCUACAAGCCACAUCUCUUGGCCUUAAUACCCUUCCAAGUUGUGUUUGUUUGGCUGAUCUUUAUGGUGAUGGUGAUUAUAAAUUAGUAAUUGGUGAUUUUGGCACCGAGAAAUAUGAUAUCCAAUUGAAAGUGUUUCGAGGUUUACAAAUUAUUGGCGCAAAUGUCCUCAGCGAUUUACCAGCUGCCUUAGUGUCAUUCAAUAAUGAAAAUAUACAACCUAGCUUAGCAUCACUCGCGGUAGCUUGUGGUUCAUCAAUUUUAAUUUACAAAAAUUUAAAACCAUUUUACAAGUUUACACCACCAUCAUUGGAAAUAAACGCAGAUGAAGCAGAAGCUUGGCGACAUGUUAAAGCUGGUCACAUUAAUACCUCACAACUUCAUGCUGUACUCAUCAAAUUACUUCAUCAGCUUGGUGGCAUGGAAUUGACAACUCGUUCGCAAGCAUUUUUAUGUAGUAAAGAAAGCGAUCGAGAAAGUAUACUUCAACAAUGUCUAAAUAGUAAACUAGUCCAUCAAAGUACCAUAACUUGUAUGACAACAAUGAAACGAUCGAGCGCAGAGCUUAGCGCCAUCGAUUGUAUCAUUUGCGCCACUGAAUAUGGAUAUGUUUAUUGUAUCGAUACACAAGCAUUUACCAUUUUAACUCAAUGUAAAAUACCAGGAGUUCCUGUAUUUCUUUAUGCUGCAGGUUUAUAUGAAGUUGAUUAUCGAAUAUUUGUAAGUACAAGAGAUUCAGAAAUUUUUUGUAUCAAACGAGAUAUGAAAUCAGUAUUGAAUCCAAUUAUCACUAUGACAGCUGAUAUUAUUGAUAUGAUUCGUGUUGGAAAACAGCUAGUGGUAGCAUGUACCGAUCAGACAAUAUCGUUUUUUUCUGCCAAUGGAAAAUGUCAAAAUAAAAUAAAAUUGGAUGAAACGAUAUGUGGUAUCGAUACUUUUACUUAUGAACCUAAACAAUAUGUUUCUCUCUUAGUUGCACUCAAUAAAGAGGUGAGAAUUUACAAUGAAACAUCAUUAGUGGAUCAACAGGUAAUUAAUGAACCUAUAAAUUGGAUUAAAUAUGGACAGUUGGGGCGUGAACAAGGUGCACUAAUUAUUGGCACAAUAUCUGGUGGCUUAAUUGUCAAACUUUUCCGUCGAACAGCAACACUGGAAGAGAAAAUUGGAGAAAUUGGCCCUGUACAAGCACAAUUUCGUAAAUUAAACAUACCACGUAGGACGCAAAUUUACGUCGAUCAAACAACACGUGAACGUAAACAUGCGCAACUUAUGCAUCAGGUCUUUCAAAGGGAUCUAUUUAUGUUACGAUUAUCAGUUACUAAAGCUUUUGCAAAUUUAACACAAAAUUCAUUAAAUUCAAUAUCGACUAAAAAAAAUGAAGCAGUAGAAAUAUCCGUUGAAAUUAAUGGUUUUGGACCAAUUUUCCGGAUGAUUGUUAAACUUCAAGCUACUUCCCAAACACCUCUUCAGCAUCUUUAUUUGAUGUUUCACUACAAUCCGGAUUUAUAUGAAUUUGAAGAUUCAUCAAUUCCGGUUCCAGCAUUAGUAUCUGGAAUGACAUAUGUAUUUCAUAUUGUUGUGCGUUGCCUGAAUCCGGAAAAGGGUAUUUCGGAUGAUGUCCGGAUAAUUUUAGCUGAUAACUGUAAGAUAAUCGUUGCUGCAUUGGUUACUAUGCCUAUUAGUGAAAUGAGCCUAUUAGAUUGA